AUGUCUUUCUUCACAUCUAUGUUCCGUCGUCACGACUCCUCUAAUAGCCCUCGGCCAGAUCACAAUAAAAAAGAAACGAACUGUCAAAUCCCGCAGUCCUGCCCGCAAGAACGCGUCUCCAACUCUGUCGAUCAGCAUCACCAGCUAGAGCAACCACCACGCAUUACCGAUGCGUCGAAUGCUGAAAUACGAGGUGCCAUGGCACAAUAUGCACCGGGUACUGGGCCAGCAGCUUCGUCCCAAAUGCAUCAAGCAAACAUGAUCGGUAUGGGCGCCGGCGCAUUCAUUGGCGCUGAAACAGGGGGAGAUCCCGUCAUGGGUAUGAUCGAAGGGCAAGUUGGGGCAAAUCUCGUCAUGCAACGGAUUCAACAGGAGCAGAGGCAUCAAUAUUAUCGUGAGCAGGCGUUAAGGUAUAGGGCUGGUUUGCCAGCCGACGGGGUUGCUGGCGAAGAAUUUGGGGGGAGCAAGCGGGAUGAGAAACGAAGGAAGAGAUGGGAAAGAAGAGCGAAGCGAAGGGAGGGAGGCAGUAUAUUCUAG